AUGGGCGACUGGAACUUCCUCGGUGGGAUCUUGGAGGAGGUGCACAUCCACUCCACCAUGGUUGGCAAGAUCUGGCUGACCAUCCUGUUCAUAUUCCGAAUGCUGGUCCUGGGCGUCGCUGCAGAAGACGUUUGGAAUGACGAGCAGUCUGACUUCAUCUGCAACACCGAGCAGCCAGGGUGCCGGAAUGUAUGCUACGACCAGGCCUUCCCCAUCUCCCUCAUCCGCUACUGGGUGCUCCAGGUGAUAUUUGUGUCCUCGCCCUCCCUGGUGUACAUGGGUCAUGCCAUCUACCAGCUGCGUGCUCUGGAGAAGGAACGCCACUGCAAGAAAGUGGCUCUCCGGCGGGAGCUGGAGGCGGUGGAUGCAGAGCUGACAGAGGUGAAGAAGAGGAUUGAAAAGGAGAUGAGGCAGCUGGAGCAGGGGAAGCUCAACAAAGCACCACUGAGGGGCUCCCUGCUGUGCACCUACGUGGCCCACAUUGUGACGCGCUCAGUGGUGGAGGUCAGCUUCAUGACGGGUCAAUACAUCCUGUACGGAAACCGCCUGAGCACCCUUUACAAGUGCGAGAGGGAGCCGUGUCCCAACGUGGUGGACUGCUUCGUCUCGAGGCCGACAGAGAAAACUGUUUUCAUGAUGUUCAUGCAAGCUAUCGCCUGCAUCUCCCUCUUCCUCAGUCUGCUGGAGAUCAUGCACCUGAGCUUCAAGAGGAUUAAGAAGGGCAUUCUGGACUACUAUCCACACCUGAAGGAUGACCUGGACGAUUAUUAUGUCAGCAAGUCGAAAAAGGACUCAGUGGUGCAUCAGGUUUGCAUGGGAACGACUGUGGGACGCAAGAGUACGAUCCCCACAGCACCAAGCGGGUACACGUUACUGCUGGAGAAACAGGGCAACGGACCCAACUACCCUCUCCUCAACGCCUCCUCCGCCUUCGUCCCAAUUCAAGGGGACCCUGGUGGAAAGCCGGACAGUCAAAAGGAGGGCAAGGAAGGAGUCCCGAGUCCCACGGAGCACAACAACAACUCCAACAAUACCAGCAGUGAGACGAGGUCCCCUCCUUCAGACAAACAGGAGGAACGAGAAGAUCAAUCCCCACCACAUCACGAGGACCUGGAGCGUGCAAGAUCUGAGUACCCCACCCUGCCUGUUUCAGAUGCCUCCUCCAGCACAGUGCUGUCAGGCAUCACGAGGAAGACACGAAGGAUCACCCCACCGUGGAACUGCUCCACAGUUGUGGAGGGAAACGGCUCAGACAGUGGAGACUCCUACAACGGGAACAACAGCAUGAAGCUACGUAGCAGCGGCGGCGGCGGCCCUAGAGCGAGGAUCCUCUCCAAGUCAGACAUUAAGAGACCGAGCAGACCCCAGAGCCCAGACUCUGCGGGGGAGCUGAGCUCUAUAUCUCGACACAGCCGGGAGAGCAAUAGCCCUGCCGCCUCCCCACCAAACCGGCGAGUGUCAGCUGCCAGCAGCGCCAGCAGCAGACGAGCCCCGACUGAUUUACAGAUAUGAAGACUGCUUAGAAGAAGCCAUUAAAACACUGUAUUACUGCACCUUUUACACAGUUUAGACAAUCACAAAAAGCCUGCAGAGAUUAUGCUUGUGCCAUUUUUUCAGAGAUAUUCUCCAGUCUUAGUUAGAAAGAGCACGUGACGCGCAAGCAAUCUAACAUCCACUCUUCCAUUUAGAGGGAUUCAAGCUAGGAUGCACAGUCUUGUUUUCUUAGA